AUGGAAGAGCAGGACCCAGCAGGACCCCAAGCAGAGGAGACAUUAGAAGGAGGAGGAGGACAUUUUCCUGUUUAUCGGGUUUAUGGGAGCACUGAGGAGGUCCAAAUUGAGGAAGGUCCACAAGAUGCUAAGCGGAUACCGGAUGAGACCGCACCACUAGGUACUAAAAGGACUCCAGGUGAGGAGGCUGCGCAGGAGGCUCAGCAGGUACCUGAUGAAGCAGGUCUGCAACAGGCCAGCCAGACAACUGACAAAAAACUCCAGCGGCCCCAGGACACCCAACAUCAGGAUUUCCAGAAGACAGCCAAGUCCCGGAGGAAGCUGCUGGUGCCUACCCGAUGGGACCACACCAAACCUUUUCAGACUUCCUUCAGGAGAAUAGCUGAUGCCAUCCAGUGGCCUCGAGAAGAGCGGAAGAUCCAGAAUCUGCUAGACCUCAGUGGAGAAGCCACUCAAGUCUGUAAGACCCUGGGCUCCCUUGGGCAAGUGGCGGACGAGGAUGCCACCAGUUUGGAGUUAUGGCGCCGGCGGUUCAGGCAGUUCUGCUACCUGGAGGCCGAGGGACCUCGAGAAGUUUGCAGCCAGCUCCAAGACCUUUGCUUCCGAUGGCUGCAGCCCCAGAAAUGCACGAAGGAGCAGAUCCUGGAGCUGCUGGUCUUGGAGCAGUUCCUGGCCAUAUUGCCGCAGGAAAUGCAGAUCUGGGUCAGGAAGCGCGGACCGGAGACCUGUGCUCAGGCGGUGACCCUGGCAGAGAUUUUCUCUUGGAAGCUGCAAGACCACGAGAGGUGGGAUCAGCAGGUGAGAGUUCUGGAGGGGAGGCUACACCCUGUGGCCCUCCAGAUAUUGCUGGACUCCAACUCCCAUCAGCCCCAGCUGGCAUAGCCAAAGGUCAGGGGUGAAGGGAGCUGUAGUCCAUUAACAACAUCAGGAGUGCUGUAGGUUCCUCCAUGUGUGGUGUAGUGGUUAAGAGCGGUAGACUCGUAAUCUGGUGAACCGGGUUCGCGUCUCCGCUCCUCCACAUGCAGCUGCUGGGUGACCUUGGGCUAGUCACACUUCUCUGAAGUCUCUCAGCCUCACUCACCUCACAGAGUGUUUGUUGGGGAGGAAGGGAAAGGAGAAUGUUAGCCGCUCUGAGACUCCUUAGGGUAGUGAUAAAGCGGGAUAUCAAAUCCAAACUCCUCCUCCUCCUCUUCUUCUUCUUAAUGGAAUUGACUGCAGCUGUAGAAGGGCAGACAGCAUGGCAGGGUUCAAUUUAUGAGUGCUCAUCUGAGGGUUAUGUUUCUCUCCUCUCCCGGACAACUAAAUAGGUUGGGGUAGGAAUCCAGUCUAUUUCCUGAUCGCAACGAGACGGUCAGGCGGACCAGGCAGGUGAGGGUUGGGGAAGGUAACAGAAAUUGAUUUUGGAGCUGGGGCAUUUGCCUCUCCAAACCUGUUGCUAUGACCUGAUGUCCCUCCUUUUGAUUCAGGUGCCGGGGCCCUUUGAAAAAGUGGCUGUUAAUUUCUCUAAGGUAGACCCCUUGAAGAUGCAGCUGUACGUGGUGGCCAUGCAGGACGAUGAAAGGAUAACCAGCUUGUUGGGUAAGGGUUUUUUUUUUUGUGGUGUGCCUGGAUCAUGUUACAAAGCUCAGGGUGGCGGCAGAGUGGGAAGGUAAGGCAGAACCCACUGGGGCUGGAAGGCUACGCUUAGUUUCUCCAUCCCAAUCUAGUCCCAAUUUUGUCCAGCCUAGUGGCAGGGGCUCACCCUUGGCCCCCCAGCUCUGCUCCCACAGAUCAUUUUCAUCUGGCAUCGUUGGGGAUCAAACGUGGGGCUUUCUGCUUGCAAACAAUUUUUCCGUCCCACAGUACUACAACCCCUCUGUGGUGUUUGCCUCCUAGGUGGGUCAUAAGGAAAGGGUUAAAUGAGUGUGAUGUGAUUGGCCAGUGGAAACUGAUUGGAGGAGUUAGAGUUAGAGUGGGUGUUUUUUGGAAGUCAGUUGAGAGUUGGGAGUUGGAGAAGGAAGAGGGAGGAUAUAAGUCUGUGGGUUGGUCGAGUUGUGUGGUGAGAGAGUGAGAGGAAUUGUUAGGUGGAGUCAGGUAGAUAGUUGGGAUAAUCAGUUUGAAGUUGUUAGGAACGUAUAGGACAGUUAAGAAACUAAGAUUAAGAAACUGACAAGAAAAAUUAACUGAAACCAUAAUGCCUAUAAAAUAAACUUGAUUAUUUGUUAUAAAAUAAACAAAUAAUCAUAGGCAUGAUUAUUCAUGCCUAUAAAAUAAACUUGAUUAUUUGUUAUUGUUAACAACUGUCUGGACUCCGUGUGUACCCGUGAGGAGAAACGGGUUGGUGGCAGUGAAGAAAGCAAUCACAGUGGUGGCACAGGGAUCAAUAGACCGUCAAACGUCCGGGGGCCCUGUGUGAUCGCCACAGCCUCCCCAGAAAUUCACUCUGUGGUUGUCUCUUUAUUCCAGCAGGCAAUGGCCAAGCGAGUGAAAGUGAGGAGGAGAAUCUCCAGCUGGAAAGGCCGGGGCAAGUGGAGUACCGCAGGAUGUCGCUGGAAAGGGCUAAAGGGAGCGUCUUCUUAUUUCCUGAGAUGGGAGAGGUGCCCGAAAACCAGCUGGUCACUGGAAGGGAAGUCUUCCAGUUUCUAGAGACUGAAGAGACAUCAGGAAGCCAGCAGGCCCCAGAGAAACGCCAGGGAAGGCUCCUGGAACAGGCAGCGGAAAAGGCCUUUCAUUCUGAAGGGGCAAAAAGUUUAAAUGAGAGCACUUUACACGAGGGGCUUGAGGCAAGUCCUCAAAAAAAGACAGUCGCAGGGAAAAGCUGCAGCCAGAGUACCGACCCUCUUAAAAACUUGAAUGUCCAGGCCGGGAAAAAGUCAUACAGAUGCUCGUAUUGUGGGAAAAUCUUCAACCAUGCCUCCGCUCAUUUGGUCCACGAGAGGAUCCACACAGGAGAGAAACCAUAUCACUGCCUGGAGUGUGGGCAGCGUUUCAGUCGGAGAUCGCACCUUACUAGACACCAGAGAAUCCACACAGGCGAGAAGCCCCACACAUGCUCAGAAUGUGGGAAGCACUUCAGCCGGAGAUCCCACCUUAUUGAACACCAGAGAACCCACACGGGAGAUAAGCCGUUUGCCUGCUCCAUCUGUGGGAAAAGCUUCAACUACCGUUCCCUCCUGAAAGAGCAUGCAAGGAUCCACACAGGAGAAAAGCCAUACAAAUGUUCAGACUGUGGGAAAAGCUUCAAUCGGAGGGAAAGCUUUAUAAUACACGAGAGAACACACACGGGGGAGAAGCCGUACGAGUGCCUAGACUGCGGGAAAAGGUUCAGUCAGCGAUCGAACAUUACUGCCCACGAGAAAACCCAUAUGGGAGAGGGGAAAUGCAAGUGCUCAGAGUGUGGCAAGAGCUUCUGUAAUUCAACCAGUCUCCUUAAACAUCAGAGAAUCCACACAGAAGAAAAAGCAUAAUAAAUAUGCAAGCACUGGCAGUAGAAAAACCUCUGGUUAGUGAUCCACAUUUUCUUAAAGAGUAAAAGUCAGGUCAUUUCUGCAGGAAAAUAACCUCAAGGUAUGACCAUACACAAUUGUACCACUUCAGAAGGUCGGCAGUUCGAAUCCCCGUGACGGGGUGAGUGCCCGUUGCUCAGUCCCUGCUCCUGGCAACCUAGCAGUUUGAAAGCACGUCAAAGUGCAAGUAGAUAAAUAGGUACCGCUCCAGCGGGAAGGUAAAUGGUGGUUCGCCAGAAGCGGCUUAGUCAUGCUGGCCACAUGACCGGCUCCCUCGGCCAAUAAAGCGAGAUGAGCGCCGCAACCCCAGAGUCGGCCACGACUGGACCUAAUGGUCAGGGGUCCCUUUACCUUUACCAAUGGUCUUACACAAUUGUACCACUUCAGAUGAAGGGUGGGAAAUUUGUGUGACUGAGUGCACAACUUAAAAAAAAUGUAAAAAUAAAAAAAUCUUGUGGGCAGCUAGUAUUAUAGGAAGAGAGGCUUUGCCCUGUCCUCUUACCUUAUGUGCUAAACAAUUAAUGUGCAAGGUUUUUUUCCCCAAUGUGCAGGGCAAUUCAGACAUGUGAUAUCCCCCACAUUCAUUCUGAAAUAGCACAUCCGCAAGAGGUCUGCAUCAUGGGUGUUCAACCGGCACAUAGAAAACUUACAAAGGAGGGAAGUCCUAUAAAGACUUGACUCUGAAGGCUCGGAGGUUUCAGUCUGAGCUCAAACCAUGUUUUAUAAGGCCAGGGGAUGGGAGUAGAACUCAUAUUCCAAUUGUCAGUGUGAGGCACUCAAACUUAGUACUUUUUUGUAAGCCCCAAAGUUUAAGACUCUCCAAACACCUUGACCCAGUUCAGAUCAUGCAUCUGAGGUGUGACUCACUGUCAGCUAUGGAAGUCAAAGAUCUAUAGGAAUAAGCUAUUCUAUAUCCUACAGUGCAAGAGCCCAAGCUGCAUUUGCUGAGCUCAGCUACUGGAUCCCGCCUCCAACGGAAUCAAACCCUCUUAUGGCAGCUCUCAGCAUACUGGCAACCAGAGAAUCUGCCACAGUCCCUGAAUAUAUCCAGAACCACCUUUGUGUUUUUAUCUUUCUAACUACAGUGGUACCUCAGGUUACAUAUGCUUCAGGUUACAUACACUUCAGGUUACAGACUCCGCUAACCCAGAAAUAGUACCUCGGGUUAAGAACUUUGCUUCAGGAUGAGAACAGAAAUUGUGCUCCCGUGGCGUGGCGGCAGCGGGAGGCCCCAUUAGCUAAAGUGGCGCUUCAGGUUAAGAACAGUUUCAGGUUAAGAACAGACCUCCAGAAUGAAUUAAGUACUUAACCCGAGGUACCACUGUAUGCACUUAAAAUUGUAGAAGAUGAAAGAGCAGCACUAGAUGAGAUAAUAACACAGGAAGAGAUAAAAAAGGCUAUUAAAAAGAUGAAAGCUGAGAAGGCGCCGGGACCGGACGGCCUUCCGGCCAAAUAUUAUAAAACAUUAAUUAACCAAAUAUCACCAGUGCUGGGAGAGGUUAUGAACAAUAUAUUGAGAGAAGGAAAGAUACCUAAUACCUGGAAGGAAGCCUAUGUUAUAUUGAUCCCUAAAAAAGAGGUGGACACUAUGGAAGUAAAGAACUAUAGGCCAAUCUCAUUAUUAAAUAAUGAUUAUAAGCUAUUUGCAGACAUAAUGGCGGAAAGAUUAAAGAAGGUCUUGAUUAAUAAAAUUCAUGGUGAUCAAACAGGAUUUCUCCCAGGAGACAAUCACGGGAUAAUGUAAGGAAUUUGAUUGACAUUAUUGAAUACCUGGACAUGAAAAUAGACAGAAAAGCCGCACUGGUUUUCAUAGACGCCGAAAAGGCAUUUGAUAAUGUUUCCUGGAACUUCCUAAAGAAGGCUUUGGAAAGGAUGGGAAUUGGCGAAAAAUUUAGAAGAGGCAUAGAGGCAAUAUACAAAGAACAGAAAGCAAAGCUGGUGAUAAAUAACAAUACAACAGAAUAUUUUAACAUUUAUAAAGGGACCAGACAAGGUUGCCCCUGUCCCCCUUAUUAUUUAUUGUAAUUUUGGAAGUACUUAAUAAGAGACUGAGGGAGGCAACAGAAGUGAAAGGAAUUAGAGUAGGAAAGAAGGAAUUCAAAAUUAAAGCCUUUGCCGACGAUAUUGUUUUGACUUUGGAAGAUCCACAAGAUAGUGUAAAAGAAGCAUUACAAAAAUUGAGGAAUUUGGAGAGGUGGCAGGUUUUAAGGUAAACAAGAAUAAAACUAAAAUGCUGGUUAAAAAUCUAACUAAGGAAGAAACGAAAGAUCUAGAACAAAAAGUGGAAAUCAUGGUGGUGAAAAAAGUGAAAUAUUUGGGAGUGUGGAUUACGGCAAAAACAUAAACCUAUAUAAAGAUAAUUAUGAAGUUACAUGGAAAAAAAUAAAGAAAGAUCUGGAAAUAUGGGGGAGGAUGAAAUUUUCCUUUUAGGGAAGAUAGCAGUGGUUAAAAUGAAUGUUUUGCCGAGGAUGUUGUUUUUAUUUCAAACUCUUCCAGUUAUUAAAGGUCUAAAACAAUGUAAAGAAUGGCAGAGAACCCUGAUGAAAUUCAUCUGGCAGGGGAAAAGACCAAGGAUUAAAAUGAAAAUACUAAUUGAUAAAAAGGAAAGAGGAGGUUUUGCCCUCCCAGAUUUGAGCCUAUAUUAUGAAGCAGCGUGCCUACUUUGGUUAAAAGAUUGGAUAAAAUUGGAGAACAGAGACCUACUGGAUUUAGAAGGUUUCAAUAACCGGUAUGGGUGGCACGCAUAUCUCUGGUACGAGAAGGUGAAAGUCCACAGGGCUUUCUUAAACCAUAUUUUCAGGGGACCAAUAUAUCAGGUCUGGGAAAGAAAUAAGAACCUUCUCGAAAGAAAAACACCAUGGUGGAUUUCACCAGUAGAGGUCUUAACAAUAAAAAAAACCAACAUGGAAGGGAAGACAGCCACCUACGAAGAUUUGCUAAGAAAAUCAGAACAAGGGCUUAAACUUAAACCGUAUGAGGAAAUAAAGGAUCAAUUCACCGGCUGGUUACAAUAUCAUCAGGUGAAUGAUAUGUUAAAACAAGAUAAAAGAAAAAUGGGCUUUGAGGACAAGAAAUCAAAAUUCAAUAUAGAAAUAAUAGAAGGCAAAAACAAAACAUUGUCUAAAUUAUAUGACAUAUUACUGGAAUGGCAUACAAAAGACGAGGAAGUCAAAGAGGCAAUGAUUAAAUGGGCAAUUGACUUCGGUUAUAACAUCGAGUUUGAAAAGUGGUUGAAAUUGUGGAAUAGAGACAUUAAAUUUACGGCCUGUACGAGUUUGAGAGAAAAUGUUUGGAAAAUGCUCUAUAGAUGGUAUCUUACGCCGGCAAAAUUGGCUAAAAUCUAUAGAUCAGAAAAUAAGACAUGCUGGAAAUGUGGUGAAGGGGAGGGAGACCUCUACCAUAUGUGGUGGCAAUGCAGCAAGGUGAAGGUUUUUUGGGAAGCAAUUUAUAAUGAACUUUAAAAAGUUUUUAAAUACACUUUUCCCAAGAGACCUGAGGCCUUUUUGCUGGGAAUAAUGGGUAAGGAAAUAAAAAUGAAGAUAAAAAAUAUUUCUCUAUGCCACCACAGCCGCAAGAAUUAUGCUGGCACAAAACUGGAAAAUAGAAACUAUUCCUAACAUAAGUGACUGGCAGGUCAAAAUGAUCAACUAUGCCGAGCUAGAUAGAUUAACAGGCAGAAUACGAGACCAAGACGACCAGAAAUUUCAAAAAAUUGGAGUAAGUUUUGGAAAUAUAUUGGAACGGAUAUAUAGGAGGAACUGGCGGUAUUAGAAAAACUUUAUCAGCUAAUAACUAUAAACUUUAAUAAACUAAUUACGCAACCCGGGACUUAUUUGAUACUUACCAAAAGGGUGAAGGGAAGUCAAAGGCUAAGGAGAGCCUAAUGGUUAUAUUAUUAUUUUUUGUAUGAACAUAUGCUUUCUUUUUGUAUAGUAUGAAAAUAGGAUGAAUAAUUUAUGUUAAAAUGUUUAUUUUUGUAUUUGUUAGUUCUUUUUUCUUUUCUUUAUACAAAUUCUGAAUAAAAAUUUACUUGCAAAAAAAAAAAAAAAAAAUAAAAUUAGCACGAACAUAUACAGCUAUCUGGAAAUUCUGUUUGGCAUAUACAUACCCACUCUGCCUAAAAUUGUGUUUUGCAGAUAUUUGCUCUUGUUGCAAAGAGUCAUUUUUCAUUAUCCAAACACCUUGGGUUUAAGGGUAGUGGAUCUUCAAGUUGCAGUUCAGUAGCUGAGGCUGCAGGGAGGAAGUUCUUAAUUGAGAAGGCAGUGUUUUGCAUGUGUGAAAUCACAUGAAUCCUCUCCAUUUCUUUUUUAAGCCCAACAUUUACAGUUUCUUCCCCUGUUCCUCACCUGAUCUUACCUUUUAUGCCCUUUGUCAGGGCAAAUGCUGUUACUAAAAAAAGGGGGGGUGAUGUCCCAAUUAAGGGUACUCAACACAGAGCCUUGCAGACAUUUUGUACUUCAACUCCCAUAACUCCCUUAUUAUUGGCUAUGUUAGCUGGGAAUGGGAGCUAUACUCCAAAACAUCUGCAGGGCCUCAUGUUGGCUACAAUGAUUCAAAGAGAAACCACACAGCCACUCCACCCAAAAAGACAUACAAUGUCUUACUGCAUGGUCUGGUGCAUUCCUGUUGCACCUAGGUCUCUGCUUUCUGAAACAAUCCUUUACUCUUCCAUAAGCCCCCAACAGGCACUUAAGCUUCGGUCAAGAGACACACAGAGAUGAUGUCAUUGUAACUGGAGACAUUUAAGAUGAUGCAACCUUCAUCUUAUGCAAGUGGUGGAUGGCAAUGGACAAUAUAGAUGGAGGAGGAUGGAGAUUUCUGCUACAAACAUGAGGUUUUGUCCCUCUUCUCACUGUCUCCCCCAACCUCUUCUUACAGUCUGAUACGCUCUGGCAAAAUGCUUUGUGCUAAUAAAGUAUCUUUGUACGGAGCUGAAUUAAUUGAGAGAACGUUUGUUUUCUGGGACAUCCAACGCUGGAGCAAGUGAGACUUCCUUUCCCUUCUGUCCUCUGGAGAGACCAGAUUCCCAAAGGACAAAUUGCAUAUUGCAUGGAGCCCAGUUUAUUGCUAUGCAUCUCAGAUCCUUCCAACGCUGCUGGCAUAGUUCUGUAGCAACACAAAAGGCAGCCUCGCGCUCAGAAGCUCAAGAUAAAAUGAAUUAGGAAGUUGUGAAUACUACUACUAAUAAUAAUUUAUUAGAUUUAUAUACAGUGGAACCUUUGUUCUCAAACGCCUUGGUACAUUUCAGCUCCCAAACACUGAAAACCCAGAAGUAAGCAUUCCGGUUUUUGAACGUUUUUCGGAAUCCGAACGUCCGAUGUGGCUGCCGGCUAUUGUUUCCGGGGCGCCUGCGCCAAUCCGAAGUCGUGCCUUGGUUUUCGAACAUUUCGGAAGUCAAACGGACUUCCAGAAUGGAUUACGUUCAAGAACCAAGGUACCACUGUACCACAUUUAUCUUCCAAGGAUCUCAAGGUGAUAUACAUGGUUCUUCUCAUUUCAUCCUCACAACAGCCACAAUUGUGAGGUAGGGUUAGGCUAAGACAGGCUUCCUCGGCCCUCCAGAUGUUUUGAGACUACAAUUCCCAUCAUCCCUGAACACUGGUCCUGCUAGCUAGGGAUCAUGGGAGUUGUAGGCCACAAACAUCUCGGGAGCCGAGGCUGAGGAAGCCUGGGCUAAGAGAUGGUUACUGACCCAAGGUUACCCUUCAUGGCUGAGUGGGGAUUCGAACCCUGUUCUCCCACAUCCUAGUCCAACACUCUUUAACUAUUAUGCCACACUGGCUAGCAGAAGAGCCCAAAGGCCCAUCUAGGCCAGCAUCCAGCAUCACUGGGGCCAACCAGAUGCCUGUGGGAAGCCCGAAUGCAGGAUUUGAGCACAGCAGCCUUUGUUUGCUCAUGAUAUCCAGGAAGUGGUAUUCUGAGGCAUAUUGCCUCCUACACUGGAGGGACUGGCUUCCCAUUAGCAUCUGGUUGGCCCCAGUGAGAACAGGCUGCUGGACCAAAUGGGCCAUUGACCAUUGGUCUGUUUCAGCAGGCUCUUCAUGAGGGCUGGUCGAUAAUCUGUUUUCAACAUGAUAUUCCGAUAUAUCAUGAGGUCAGAAAUAAAUAUGAAGCUAUGUACAGUGGUACCUCAGGUUACAUACGCUUUGGGUUACAGACUCCGCUAACCCAUAAAUAUUACCUCAGGUUAAGAACUUUGCUUCAGGAUGAGAACAGAAAUCGUGCUCCAGUGGCGCAGCAGCAGCGGGAGGCCCCAUAGGCUAAAGUAGUGCUUCAGGUUAAGAACAGUUUCAGGUUAAGAACGGACCUCUGGAACGAAUUAAGUACUUAACCCAAGGUACCACUGUAGAGGCAUUGGGUGGCUUCACGGUUUCCCCUGCAUAGUGGUUUUUGCAUACACGCACAUUAGGGCUGGGAAAUACAUGGAUACAUCAUCAAAAAACAGUUUGAAGUCCGCAUCGCGGUAACGGUUUCGUAAUAUUCAACAUGGCGAUGCAUCACAAAUAUAUCUGUGUGCUAUGUAAAAAAUCGCGAAGCCAGUCAUUCCUUCCCUCAUGAUUCCUUCUGCCCCUGUUGCUCUGUACUAUAAAAGAACAGUUGUAACAAUAUGUUAAAGGUAAAAAAUAAUGUGUCAGUUAUAGACCCCUAAGUAGCGGCAGUUUCCAGGAUAUUACCCACUUCGCCUCUACAUAGUUAAGUGUAAGGAAAGUGCAGUUGACAUGUAUAGAUGGUACACAACCAGCUGGCAAUCGUACAUGGGUAUUAACUUACCUCAGAAAAAUUAUAAACAGCCACAUUGGCCCAUUAGACCAAAAUUCACGUGGGCAGUAAAAUAACGUCUUGAUUUAGGGACCAAGUUUUCAAACUGAAGAAAGGGUGGUGGAAUGCCUUUAUUUGGUGUAACUGGGUCCAUCAUGAACUUAAAAAAAACAAAACUGAAUGGCUUCCCAUAAAAUAUUUCCAAGCAAUUUCACAAUAAAGAAAAUUCCACAUGUAAAAAAAAACAACCCAUAUAGACACAAUAAAAAACACCAGUUCCAUAUGUAAGAAGAGGAGCCUGUUGGGUCAGACUGAUGGCCCAUCCAGCCCAGCGCCCUCACUGAAUCAUAAGAGUUAGAAGGGACCACGAGGAUCAUCUAGCCCAACCCCCUAUGUUCUCAAAAUGGCGGGACAGUUUGUUGCCUGUGGGAAACCAAGGAGCAGAACGUGAGCAUAAAAGCCCUUGCUCCUCCUGGGGCUUCCAGCAACUUGUAUUUAGAAGUACUGCUGUCUCUUAACUGCGGAGGGCAGGACACAGACACCGUGGCUAGCAGCCAUGAUUAUUUUUCAAAAUUAUUAUUAUUAAUUAAAUUUAUAUACUGCCCUUCAUCGUAAUAUCUCAGGGCGGUUCACUGAAUAUUUUACGACAAUUAGUCCAUGAUAACAUUCAUCUUCAGUGUGUGUGUGUGUGUGUAAUGUAAGCAACAGAUGGAAAAUCAGAAGUCCCUUUUACCUUUCUUUAUUGUCUCUUUUCCUUCCUUCUUUCCUUCCUUCCUUUCUCUCUCUCUUUUUUCUUUCUUUCUUUCUGUUUUUUAUUUACGUUUGUUUUCUUUCUUUUUCUAUAACUUUUAUUAAAUUUUCUGUUUCACAUUUUACAAUAUUCAUUUAAACAACCUUAAAAUAUCAACAACUUCCCUUCCUCCCAUCCCAUGGUUCCUUUUGCAUAACAUAUAUCCCUGCACAUUUUAUAUAAACUAAACCAUUCAGUAUCCCAUUAUUCAUAGCUGUCAACUUUCAGAUUUGAAAAUAAGGGAUCAGCAGCCUCACCCGUCCCGGGGACAGUCUACGGGAUAUCUAACAAUCCAGGAUAGCAGCAGGAAGCAGCGCGAAACAGCGCUGGAAUAAGGGAAUUUCCCGCAAAAAAAGAAAAGGCUGACAGCUAUGCCAUUAUUACAUCCAUCAAAACCUAUUUAUCUUAAUUGUGUCCAUGUUUUCAAAUCUGAAAACAUAGUUUUCUAUAUCUUAUGGCAUUAUGAAAAACACUUAAUAAAAACUGUACAUCCAAGUAGGCAGACCAGACUGGAUUUACCCAGUUUCCCCUCUCCCCCCCUUUUUAAGGGGAGAUAUUUCCAGAUCCUAAUCAUCAUCAUCAUCAUGAUCAGUGCCUUUUCUGGGGGGACGCGGGGGGAUGCGUACCCCUAAACAUUUUGUGAAUCUAAGUUUGGCUUCAUUGAGGGGCAGUAUUUCAAUAUGUGUAAGAAAAUGAGGGUACCCCUAAACAUUUUUUAAGAAAGAAGCACUGGUUAAUUAUUAUUAUUAUUAUUAUUAUUAUUAGGGUUGUCCCAGCCACUCUGGGCGUCUGGCUGGUGGUUCAUCUAGCAGGGAGGUGGCCUUUGGGUCCCCCCAACCCAGAAGACCCUCUUGCCCAGCCCGUAGCCAUCUCCGCCCGGAUCCAGACCAGAUCUUCCCCCCGCCGGCCUUUGCCGAGCAUCCAGCCCGGGGCCGGGAGAGCGUUGCAGGCCGGCCUGGAAAGGCGACGGCACAGGAAGGGGCUGGCUUAGCCGGAGGAGGCGGGUGGGUGUGCGUGGCCAGCAGAUCCGGGGUGGGAAGUGAGGGGGGAGGGAGAAAGGAGCAAGAACAAAAGGAUCCGAGGCUGCGCUCCGUCCCUGGAUCUUUCCCUCUCCUCCGCGGAGGUAAUUCGUUUUUGCUCGCCGGGCGGCUUCAGCCUUCCGAGGUUGCUGCAGCCGCGCGUCCCUGGAGAUCUGGGCCUGGGGGAGGGGGGUGUUUUUUGGGGGGUGGGGGGUCCGAGAGGUGGGGAGGGGGCGACGCACGCUGCAGCCAUUAUUAACCCCUGAGCCACCGGAGGUUGCAGGCAGUAAUUGAGAAUCCCGGGAGGGGGAUCCCCCAGAGGCCAUCUAGUCCAGCCCCCCUGCAAUGCAGGGAUCGCGGUAACGCUGCGGAGGAGGAAGGAAAUCGCGUGCGGGGAGGAGCGGGGGCUGUAGAUGAGGUUUAAAAUAAUGAUAAUUUUGGAGUUCAGCCAGGCUGAUCAGGCUUGAUUUGCAUCGGGGAUUAUUGAGCUAGAUUCCUCUGCAUCUCUUUUCAGACCCCGACGAACCUAGUGGGUUUUGAUUUCGAGGCAGAAGGACUUGCUUUCUGGGUCAAGGCUCAGCCCUUAAAAAUGGGGCGGGGGGGGAGGUGGAGAAGGAGACCUUUAAGCCUAUGCAGAGAACAACUGUGGGUUUUUUAUUUUAAAAAAUGUGGCCACAGUAGGAAUGAUUAAGCGCUCGCUCUCCAGUUAGCUCCGGGGACUGCCUCUCUGAAGGAAUUUACUUGGAAUCAAGGCCCAUCAAAACCGAUAGAUCCUACUUCCAAGUAAAAAGCGUUUGGGAUUCCUGCUUGCUGUAAGUGAGAAGGGAGCUCAGAAAGGGGGAAAGUGAGCCUGUCAAGCAGUUUUUCUGAGGAUCUACCUGGUAAGCCAAGUGCCUCUGGGCACUUAUUAUUAUGCCUGGAUAAAAUACAUAUCUCUGGAUCCAAUAUACAUAUCUCUGGAUCCAAUACACACUUGCUUGAAUAACCCCCCCAGGUGGUAAUAUAGCAAAUUAGGGGGACAGCUUUAGCACAUACCUCUCUAAUUGGUACUUUUCCACUCUGUGGAGGAGAUUUUGACACAUGGUCAUUUCGGAAGAGAUGUCUUUGCUGAGGUCAUCGUGGACCUGAAUGACAUGACAUUCCUGAACAAUUGAAUCCGUCCUACCGACACGAGCGAUUGGAUUCACUACCAAAAGAGGGAGAAAUGACCUCCCCACCCCACCCCCAGUUUGGACACCUUUAAAAGAGGAUCGGACAAAUGUAUGGCAAUUUAGGCAAUUUAUCAUUAUUGAUAUAUUGCCUCUGAAAACCAGUUGGUGGAGCUCACAAGUAGGAGGCGUCUGGAUGUUCACCGUGAUAAUGCAAUUUAGGACUAGAUAAGCCUUUGGUCUGAUCGAGCAGAGUUCUUUUUAUGAAGGCUAUAUUCCUGAAUAAUAUAUUCUCCAAGCCUUCUAAAUAACAAUGCUUAACAUUUAUAUAGUGCUCUCUCUUUUUUUAGCAUUCAAAACAUUUCAUAGACAUGAUUAUACUCAGCAAUUCUGGAAGGUAGUCUAGUAGUUGUAUAGCUUCACUGCGUUGGGUGGGAGGCUGAUAAGUAGUGUCUUGCCUAAAGCCCCUAGGCAGCCCAAUUCUAAGCAAGUUUACUCAAUAGUUAAUGCCAAUGUUUUCAUGUAAUUUUUCAUAAAAAUGUGCCAACAAGUUAAUAAUAAUAAUUUAAUAAUACUUUUAUUAUCUGUACCCCGCCCGUCUGCUACACCAGCAACUCUAGGUGGCUUCCAAAAGAUAUAAAAACAUAAUAAAAAAAUCAAACGUUAGAAACUUUCCUAUACAGGGCUGUGUUCAGAUGUCUUCUAAACGUUAUGUAGCUAUUUAUCUCCUUGACAUUUGAUGUGAGGGCAGGCACCACUACCAUGAAGGCUGUCUACCUGGUUCCCUGAAUAAUAAUAAUAAAGGCUGAGAUUAGAUUUGAAGAAGGGUCUCAUCCUGCUACACAGCUUCUUCAUUGGACACAUAUUGAGCAGUCUCUUAUCAUACUACUGUUAGGAUUAGCACAUUCCUAGGUCUUAGACAACACAGCUGCCACCAGCACCGCUAGUCAGGGUCCUUGCAGGCCCAAUAUGCAAUAUUCGGAUGGAUGACCUUCUGAAGGUGACUCUCUUCAUCUGAAAAGAAGCAUAACCUAUCUUGACGUAGGGGAACCUGUGGCCUUCCAGAUUUGAUUUGAUUUAUUACAUUUCUAGGCCUCUUUUCAUUCAAAUGACUCCCAAAGCGGCUUACAAACAAUAAAUAACAUGAUAGCACAUAACAGAGCAUCACAAAUAGAGCACCAAUCCUAUAGGAUAAUUAGCAAAUCAUCAGUGAAACAAUUGCAAUUUUAGCAACAACUAAAUUUCAGCAACAACUACAAAGAAGCUAAACAUCACAAUCAAAGCAGACGUUAUAGGAUUAGUGAAACAGCAUUUACAAUCUGCAAAACAACAUUAAGACCAUUAACAAAAUAGCAACCAAGCACUGCUGAGUUUGUAUGCACACACUCCACACUCCACACCCCCAUAACUCAUAAUCUUUCAUUCUGUUCAGCACAAGGAAAUAAACAUCCGCAUAAUGCCCAUUGCACCAACUCCCUUCUGAAGAUUCCUUGGACUGGACGUGGGACAGCACAGGUGAGAAACCAACCGCCCCUUGAUAUCCAACACACAUCCUCUCUCCCCUUACUAGAUGUCAUUGGACCCUCAUCGGCCCUAGGCAGCAUGACCAGGGCUGAUGUCAGCUGUUGCCCCACAACCCCUGAAGGGCCACCAGUUCCUCGCCUCCCAAAGUGUAGUGGUUGGAGUGAUGGGCUAGCACAGAGUGGGUGGAGAUCACACUGGGUGACUUCACAUCUUGGCUUGGUCCUGGUUUGGUCGCCAAGCCACAGGUGAGAUGGGGAAGCUGUACUCCAGGACUGGGGCUGGUCAAACUCCAGAGGGUCGUGAGAGCAGUCAGAUAUUGAGGCAAUCCAGAGAUGCAGGGUUGCUGAAGAGAAGCCAAGACCAGGCACUGUGAGACAGUCACAACAUGGGGCAUGAUCCAAUAGCAAGGUCAUGAAACAAAGCCAAGGUGGAACACAGCAGAGCAAGUCCAAAGAUAGACAAGUUAGCAAAAGCAAAGGCUUAGGAGCAUAAGGUCAGUCCGCGCAGGAAGCAGGAACAAGGCUGUGGCGUAAGUCUUGUAGGACGCAGGUGGCGCUGUGGGUUAAACCACAGAGCCCAGGGCUUGCCGAUCAGAAGGUCGGUGGUUCAAAUCCCCACGACGGGGUGAGCUCCCGUUGCUCAGUCCCUGCUCCUGCCAACCUAGCAGUUCGAAAGCACGACAAAGUGCGAGUAAAUAAAUAGGUACUGCUCCGGGGGGAAGGUAAACGGCGUUUCCGUGCGCUGCUCUGGUUUGCCAGAAGUGGCUUAGUCAUGCUGGCCACAUGACCCGGAAGCUGUACGCCGGCUCCCUCGGCCAGUAAAGCGAGAUGAGCGCCACAACCCCCGAGUCGGCCACAACUGGACCUAAUGGUCAGGGGUCCCUUUACCUUUAUUAAUAGUCUUCAGCUGGGAGCUUAUGUAGGCUUAUCGGCCAGACCCAGCUACAACUGGGUUCGCCUGGUUUUCAAGGUUCCCUGCUCCCAAUGAGUCCCAAGAGGCCUGGUUCUUCUAGGUGACCACUCCACCAAAAUGGGGGCUGCCUGCACCUUCUGAUACUAGCAUUCAGUGUCUCCCUGAUUCUGCCUCCCCACCCGCCCCCCACAAUCCUGCAGGCAUUCCACUUCGAUCUGCAGAACUGACCUUGGUUACAGGUGUCACACGAUUACUCGUCCUGCAUUUGUAAGAAAUUGGUCUUGUAGUGUAGCAGCAGCCACACUUCGGAACUCCUUGCCUAUUGACAUUACGCAGGUGCCUUCACUGUACUCUUUUGUUUGGCGCCUCUUAAAAAUAAUUUUGUUUAGCAUAGCCUAUCCUAACACAUAGAACGUUGAUGUGUGCUUUAAUCUGGUUUUUGGCUUAUUGUUAAUUUUCAUUAUUUCUAAAAUAUUUUAAAUAAUUGUUCCUUACUGUUUUGUAUUGAUAAUUUCAUUGUUUAAUUCUUUUUACUGUAAACUGUUAGGAGGUUAUGGGUUCCCCCCCCCCCCAAAAAAAAUCAAGUGGUAUAUACAUUUUCUGAAAUAAAUAUAUGCCCUUCAAACCUAUGUACCUCAGCUUUUUCCCUGGGCUGAAUAACUGGAGCUAAAGAACAGGGGGUGUAAUUUACCUCUAAAGUUCCAGCCGGUUGUUAACAGCUAUGUGGUAACCUCUAGAUUCACCGUUGGGCAACAUCUUUAUUAUGGCCAACUGAAAGAUCACAAAAGUGUGGGAAACCUCUGAGAUCUCCAGAACUUUUCAGCCGCAAGAUGCUACACAAAGUGUGUGGUGUGACCUUGGGCUAAUCGCUGUUUCCCACCCUAGCCUACCUCACAGGGUUGUUUUGAGGAUAACAUGGGAGAGGGAGAGAGCCACGUACGACACCUUGCUCCAUGGACGAAAAGCAGGUUAUAAAUGCAACCAAUACAAUACAGUGGUGCCUCGCAAGACGAAAAGAAUCCGUUCUGUGAGUCUCUUCGUCUAGCGGUUUUUUCGUCUUGUGAAGCAAGCCCAUUGACGGAUUAGCGGAUUAGCGCUUUUAGCGGCUUUUAGUGGCUUUUAGCGACUUAGCGGAUAAGCGGCUUAGCGGCUUAGAAAAAGGGGGGGAAAGGAGCGAAGCAAGCCCAUAGGAGAUUCGUUUUGCGAAGCACCUCCAAAACGGAAAACUCUUUCGUCUAGCGAGUUUUCCGUCUUGCGAGGCAUUCGUCUUGCGGGGCACCACUGUAGAAAUAAUUAUAAUAUACAGAAAGUAGGCUGGAUGCUGUAGCCAUAAAGUUAGCAAGACUGCAGAAUGAAUUAAAUCUCUGCUAGGUGUUACAGUUCUCUUAUAGAUGGUGAUUCUGCUUUCCUUUUCCUCACUGACAUAAGGGAGGAAACACUGGUUAAACUUGUAUUCAGAAAUUCAACUGAACAGCCCACUAAAUCCCCUGUUCUGUGGAGAGGUUUUACUGAGAACUGAAUUGACCCACCUUUUUCUUCUCAUAUGCAACAAUUGAAUGUGGCACUGCAUUUUUGGUAGUUUCUUGGGGGUUUUUAACCCCUCAUCUGUAUCUGUGUUUUAUUUUUCUACUUUUACAUCUAUUUUUAUUUGCCAUAUCCAUUAUUUUCAUUGUAUUCUGUAUGUGUUUAUGCCAAUAAACUUUAAAUUGAUAUUUUUUAAAAAAAGAAAAGAAGAAACACAACCCAUUGCCCAUUAAACAGUGUUAUCGUCUCCAUUCUAGUUUCUCUAACGCAUCUUUUUCUUUUUCUUUUUUUGCAGCUGCUAAGGGUGGUGUUACAAAGUGGUUAAGAGUAUAA